ACCAUUUCAUCUUUCUUGAAUCUGUCUAUCAACAACAAUGGCAGAACAAGAAGUUGACGAAACAAGAACAAAAACUCAGCCAUUGAUCCCAGGUUUACCAAAUGAUAUCGCUGAGCUUUGUCUUCUUCGUCUUCCUUACCCUUACCAUGCUCUCUUUCGCUCUGUUUCAUCUUCAUGGAACAAAACCAUCACAAACCCUAGAUUCCUCUUCUCCAAGCAAUCUCUUUCUAUCUCUUCUCCUUACCUAUUUGUCUUCGCUUUCAACAAAUCAACGGCUAAGAUGCAAUGGCAAUCCCUCGACCUCACAUCUGGCCGUUGGUUUGUCUUACCUCCCAUGCCAAAGUCUUUCAACCAAAUCUCGUCUCCUCACGCACUCUCAUGCGCGUCGAGUCCACGUCAGGGAAAGCUUUUUGUCCUCGGCGGCGGAGACUUAAACCGCUCCGCCGUUGUUUACACCGCUUUAACGAAUCGUUGGUCGUGUAUUUCUCCGAUGAUGAGUCCGAGAACGUACUUCAACGCCGGGAAUGUUAACGGCAAAAUCAUGGCCGUUGGUGGGAGUGUGGGCGGAAACGGAGAAGCGACGACGGAAGUUGAAUCGUACGAUCCAGAUAAUGACACGUGGACGGCUGUGAAGAAAGUGCCGAUGGUGUUGGCGAAGUAUGACUCAGCCGUGAUCGGGAAAAAGAUGUGUGUAACGGAAGGAUGGGCGUGGCCGUUCAUGUUUCCACCUAUGGGACAAGUGUAUGACUCAGAUGAAGACACGUGGCGAGAGAUGAGCAGUGGGAUGAAAGAAGGGUGGACGGGUGUGAGCGUCGUGAUCCGCGACAGGUUGUUUGUGAUAUCGGAGCAUGGUGAUUUUCCGAUGAAGGUGUAUUGUUCAGAUGAUGACACGUGGAGGUAUGUGAGUGGUGAGAAGCUUCCUGCGGAUAAGAUGCGGCGUCCUUUCGCCGUGACCGGGGAGGAUGAUCGUGUGUUUGUGGUGGCCGGUGGGCUUAAUGUAGCGGCAGGGAGAGUGAGUGAGGGACAAAAUGGGGAAUUUAGUGUUCAGUGGAGGAUGGUUUCGUCUCCUAAAAGUUCUACUCAAUUUUCACCUGCUAGUUGCCACGUCUUAUACGUCUAAUAUGUAUUUUUCUUUCUUUUUUUCCACAAAAUAGUGUGUUAAUAUUUUUUGUUUCAAAAAUAGAUUGUUGUUAGUUCUUAAUCUUAUUGUUGAAACCUUUUAUUUACA